UUAAAACAUUUUCAUUGGAUAUUAUUAGCCAUGGGGAAGAAUAAUGCUCAAACCAUCUUCUCCAUCUUUGCUCUUCUUCUUCUCCUUUCUUCAUGUGUCUCUGCUCAGCUCCGGACAGGUUUCUACCAGAGGUCAUGUCCCAACGUCGAAAACAUCGUCCGUAACGCCGUCCGUCAGAAAUUCCAGCAGACUUUCGUCACCGCCCCGGCCACUCUCCGCCUCUUCUUCCACGAUUGCUUCGUUCGCGGAUGUGACGCGUCGAUAAUGAUAGCAUCACCGUCGGAGAGAGACCAUCCAGAUGACAUGUCAUUGGCCGGAGACGGGUUCGACACGGUGAUUAAGGCGAAGCAAGCCGUUGAAAGAGAUCCUAACUGCCGCAACAAAGUCUCAUGUGCUGACAUUUUGGCUCUCGCCACUCGUGAAGUCGUGGUUUUGACCGGAGGACCGAGCUACCCGGUGGAGCUAGGGAGGAGAGACGGCAGAUUAUCAUCACAAGCCAGCGUACAAAACCAAUUGCCUCAGCCCGGUUUUAACCUAAACCAGCUCAAUUCCAUGUUCAGCCGUCACGGUCUUUCACAAACUGACAUGAUCGCCCUCUCAGGAGCGCAUACGAUAGGAUUCGCACAUUGUGGGAAAUUCUCAAAGAGAAUAUACAAUUUUAGCCCUAGAACACGUAUAGACCCAAGUAUUAACAGUCGAUACGCACUUCAACUACGACAGAUGUGCCCGAUCCGGGUCGACCCGAGAAUCGCUAUCAACAUGGAUCCCGUGAGCCCACGUACAUUCGACAACGCCUACUUCAAGAAUCUACAACAAGGGAUGGGUUUGUUUACGUCAGACCAAGUCUUGUUCACGGACCAACGUUCUAGGUCUACGGUUAAUACGUUUGCCAACAGUGAAGGAGCUUUUAGACAAGCUUUUAUCUCGGCUAUCACCAAACUUGGUCGGGUUGGUGUUCUCACUGGUAAUGCUGGUGAGAUUCGAAGAGAUUGUUCACGUGUCAAUUAGUCUCCUUUUUUUUUUUCUUUUAUUCCUUGAGAGGAUUUGUUUUUUAUUCUGUUAAAUAAAAAGUUAAUUUUCUUGUUGUUAAAAAUAAGGAGUAUAAAAGUGUUCCAUUGGGAAACUUGAAUUAAUAAGAUGGAUAUGUUUCAAUUU